UAAUUACAGUUUUGGCAAGCUUUCAUGAUUUUAUACAUUAGCGAUUGCCGAGUAUAUAUAUAUAUUAACAGUCUCUCUUAACAACUACUUACCAUGAACUGGUAUGCUUAAAAUAUGCUUAGACCUGCUGUUUGACAAGAGGAAAACGCUCAUUAAUUAUCUGGUUAAUGUAUGCAAAGUUUCCCACACGAGUAAUUAAACAGUUAUUCAUUCCACAUGAUAAACCCUUGGAGAAUUGACAAAUAAUGUUGUUGUUUUUUGACCCGAUAGUGGAGAUGCAGGUUAGGUCCGCUUUUUAAUUGUAAAACAAGAGUCCAGGACCGCAUUGCUUUCUGACGUCACAUCAGCGGGGUCCGUACAACCCAACAAUGCUGUGAGACGCCAGGCACGAGUACGUUGUUUGCUUUUUGUCAACAUUCACGUGGUUGGCAACGUGACUUUCUGUCGUAGGCAAUAACGAAACUUAUGACUCAUGAGAAGUAGUUCAUACACUAGCCUUUGCUACCCUGUCCCAGUUGUUCUGCGCCCUUUUGCAGUUUCCCCAUUGUUUGCAGUGACCGUUCAGUGCAUUGAUUUUACUUCCUACGAUGUGUCUUCCAUUACCACAGUGGUGUAUUUUGCUCUGACAUUAAAAAAGUAUUUAAUUUCGACUAUGUGCAGUAUAACGCACAGAGGUAAGAAGAAAGAAAAUCAUGAACUGAAAGAAGAAAUCUGGACUCACGUCAGGUAUUUUGAUCACUGCCUGCAAAGAGCAGGAUGUCUUUUGCUGCGAACAUGCAGAAGAUCACAGUGCCAAUACAGGAAAAGGCACAGGGUUCAACUGGUGGAAAUGGACAGCAGAUAGAAUCAGAUGGAGAUUCGUUGGGAGAGGAUAUUGAUUUUAACUGGGAAGAAUACUUAGAAGAAACAGGUGCCAGUGCUGCUCCUCAUACAGCAUUUAAACAUGUGGAAAUCAGCCUCCAGAGCAGCUUCCAGCCAGGAAUGAAACUGGAAGUGGCUAACAAGAGCAACCCAGAUACCUACUGGGUGGCCACCAUCAUCACCACCUGUGGACAGCUGCUGUUGCUACGGUUCAGUGGCUACGGAGACGACCGCAAGGCAGACUUCUGGGUCGAUGUCAUGACGGCGAAUCUGCACCCGGUGGGCUGGUGUACUCAGAACAACAAGGUGUUAAUGCCACCCGAAGACAACUGUUACCUGAGAAAAGCCAUAAAGGAGAAAUACAGUGACUGGACUGAGUUUCUUAUCCAGGAGCUCACUGGGUCCCGUACUGCUCCUGCCAACUUGCUUGAAGGGCCUCUUCGAGGGAAAAACACUGUGGAUCUCAUCAUGGUUGAUUCACUGAUAGAACUGCAGGACUGCCAAGACCCUUUCCAGUACUGGAUGGUUCGAGUAAUAGAGAACAUCGGAGGGAGACUGCGACUUCGAUACAUUGGGUUGGAUUGUGACACACAUGACGUAUGGCUAUUUUACCUGGACUUUAGGCUCCGUCCUGUUGGCUGGUGUCAAGAGAACAGAUUUUCAAUGGAGCCACCUAAAGAGAUCCAGGGUUUGAAAGCCGCCCCCGAGUGGAAGGAAGACCUGGACAGAGCUUGUACUGAAGCAGCAAAGAGUCCUUUGCCACUAGAGGUGUUCAAGGAUCACGCCGACCUGUGUGCCCACUCCUUCAAGGCUGGGAUGAAGCUGGAGAUGGUGGACCCUGAGGAGCCCUUUCACAUCCGCCCAGUGACCGUGACCAAGGUUUAUAAUGACAUUUAUUUCCAGGUGACUGUGGAUAAUUUGGGUGCUGAAGCAGCACUCAGUGCACUAGUUUGCCACGCAGAGUCUCCAGGGAUCCUUCCUGUUCAGUGGUGCCUUAAAAAUGGGGUAAACCUCACACAUCCAAAAGGGUACCUCAACCAAGAUUUUGACUGGGCAGAUUAUCUGAAGCAGUGUGGUACAGAGGCUGCUCCUGAUCUUUGUUUUAGAAAUACAUCAGUUAGUCGAGGUUUCACCAAAAACAUGAAGCUUGAGGCUGUUAACCCCAUGAAGCCUUCUGAAAUCUGUGUUGCAUCAAUCACCAAAGUGAAAGGCAGAUUAAUGUGGCUACAUGUAGAAGGCUUAAAGAAGCCCCUCCCGGAAUAUAUUGUUGAUGUGGAGUCCAUGGACAUUUUCCCAGUUGGAUGGUGUGAAGCCAAUGGCUACCAGCUCACACCCCCUCACAGACCUGUCUGUCAGAAACAGAAGAAGAUUGCUGUGGUGCAGCCAGAAAAACAACAACUUACCUCUGAGUCUCUGGAGAAUUUACCUCAUAAUCUCUGUCCCAGUGCUACGCUGGAUGCUGGUGCCACAAAUGGGAAAUACUGCUGUUCCCAGAUUUUUGUCAACCAUCGGUGUUUCUCAGGUCCCUAUUUAAACAAAGGGAGGAUAGCAGAACUGCCUCAGUCUGUAGGGCCUGGGAAGUGUACUUUAGUUCUAAAAGAGGUGCUCGGAAUGCUAAUCAACGCAGCCUAUAAACCAGGACGGGUUCUGAGAGAACUUCAACUUGUGGAAGACCCACAGUGGAAUUUUCAAGAAGAAACAUUAAAAGCCAAAUACAAAGGAAAGACGUACAGAUCAACUAUCAAGAUAGUGCGAACCUCAGACCAAGUCUCAGACUUUUGUCGAAAGGUUUGCCUUAAGCUUCAGUGCUGUCCCAAUUUGUUCAGCCCUGCUUUGGUUACAGACAAGUGCCCCGAGAACUGCUCUGUUCACACCAAAACUAAGUAUACUUAUUACUAUGGGAAGAAGAAAAAAGUUAUCAAACCAGCUAUUGGUGAAAAUCUCCCGGACAGCGGACUGGCCAAGCCUGCUCGUCGGAGGAAGAAACGCAAAUCCAUUUUCGUGCAGAAGAAGCGCCGCUCAUCUACAGUGGACUAUACACCAGCUGGUUCUCCGCAGGACAGCGAGGAGGACGAGGAUCCGGAGGGCGCCGAAGACGACACCGGCAGUGAGGCGACCAGCUCCGAGCCGCGCGACGACCACACAGACGCCUCGUCAGUGGAGGUGGUGAGCAGCAGACCUCGGAGGGCAGUGACUUUGAGGCGAAACACAGACUCCGGCGGAUCUGCCAGCACGGAGAGGUCCCGGCGCAAAAGGACCACACGCUCAGGGUCCUACACUGAAGACGUGAAGUACCAUCCCGCCAAACGCACAGCUACAAAGGUAGAAACUUUUGAAGAUGAAGACAGACUGGUUCUGGACAGCAACCCACUAGAGUGGACAGUGGCAGAUGUUGUCAGGUUUAUUAAGUCUACAGAUUGUGCUCCUCUUGCCAAAAUAUUUCAAGAACAGGAUAUUGAUGGCCAGGCACUACUUCUUUUAACACUUCCAACAGUGCAGGAGUGCAUGGAGUUAAAACUUGGACCAGCCAUAAAAUUAUGUCACCAGAUUGAAAGAGUAAAAUUUGCAUUUUAUGCACAGUACGCGAAUUGACUCUACCGCCAAAUGUGAAAGACUGACAUGUAUUACAUGAAAGGUACUACAGUGUAUGUUACUGUUGGGUUUAUUCAGUGUGAUUUUUUUAAUUGAUGCAGUUUAUUUUUUGAAUAUGGGUCUUGAAAACAGACUAUAUGGUCUAAAACCAGCUCAGUGCAAGUCUUAAAGGAAUAUAGAUGGAAUUCUGUACCCUCUGUAUAAUGUUGUUGCUUCAUUACUCAGUGGUUCUUGUACAGUUCCAUGCUAUUUACAGGGAAAUUUCAAUCAAGUGGCUACAGCUUAUAGCAACAUCCAGUUAGCUGCAGUGUUACUUCACAGCAGCAGUGUUGUUUGUGUAAGUUAAGUGUCAUAUUGCUGAUGACGUCCAUUCUCAAUGCAGUUUUAUAGUUUGCUUUUAAACUGUAAAUUUGAAUUUGCUACAAAGCUGAGAUUUCAAUUCAGAAGCCAGGAUAAAGCAUUCUAGAAUAAGCCAUAUACUACGAAGUCAAACAGGGACACCUCUUUGAGUUUAUUCUGAUCCUCUGAUUUUGCUUGGAUAGUGAAAAGUUUCGGUAAUAGAAAUAAACAAUUUUCGAUCCUGGACAAGAAUUGCUGGCCUACCAGGCUAAAAAUGAGUUUUUCAUUGCAGGAUAUAGUUAGAGGUACAGUAUGCGACACCUUUUUAUUAGGAAAAUGCGAUUAAGGAGAUGUCUCUUUUUAAUUUAAUUAAAGUGUUUUAUUAAUAUUGGUAGCUAAAAUCACAAUUAAAACAACAGUAGCUUAUGUGAGGUGAAAUAUUUCAGAAGUGCAAUGCUCUUUACUUAAUUGGGUUCAUUUUUGUUUUGUUGUUUGAAGCUGAUUUAGGCUUUUCUUCACACUGCAUAAUUAAGCAACAUGCAGUAAUCUGUUUUAGAUGGAGUAGAAAAUAAUAGUAAAGAAUAUUUUUACAGAUUUUUAUUUUGCAUGUUACGAAGCACAUUGCACAUGCCCAUCAGCCAAACAAAGUUAAUUUAAUUAGGUAAAAAUAGCUACAUUAUAUCAACUUUAUUCUGUGCAAUGUGUCCCUAUAUUCAAAGAGCUUUGAAGAUACUGUGAGUUCUUUUAAGCCAUGAAGUUAUUGGUAUAUUUUUGUUAGUUGCAAUUGUUUAGAUAAGAAACUAUAUUUAUGGACUUUUAGUUUAGGUAUCAUUUAAAGUUUGUCAAUCAACAUAUGAUGUACUUUUUCAAUUAUUAUUUUUGAAGACAACCUCAAAGUCAUUUUAAAAAAUAUUUUUAUUGUAUGUUCCAAUUGUAUUUUACCUACAGCACCCUGGUUUUUAAAAUUAAUCCUUCAACAACAUACAUUUGCAAUUAACUGAUUUUAUAUCAUACUUUUGUCAUUUUCCUUGGGUAACAAUAAUUCAACUGUGAAACAAGUUAAAACUUGUAUUAUUUACCCAACUAUGCAAAAUGAAAUAAGAAAAAAAGUUCAUAAAGUGUUAAAGAAGUCAAUUUUGUACAGAUUUUUACAAAGCUUUUUGUGCAGAAAAAUUGCAAUUCAUGUUCCAUUGUUUCUAGAAGCUGUUUAUAACCAGAAUGUUCUUGAAAACACCUUUCUAAUAUAACUAAUAAUCCACUCUUUGAUUGACCUGGACAGUUUUUGCAUGCAUAAGAUGUCAUAUUAUAAGCAUUAAAAAGAAAUGGUUUACAGGACUAUACUGUAACGUGUAGUCUUGUUCAGCAUUUCUUUGAGACUUCAUUUCUUGAGGAGGUUGAUGUUAACCAGUUUCUGUUCAGGUAUUAUUCAUUUAGGUGGGAGGUUGGUAAGUUGUGACAAGAGAAAGUCUGUUCUUUAUAUCAGAGAAUUGUGGCCGACUGAAAGGUACCAGUACGUUGGAGUAUCUGGAGGAAGGUGUAUCACUAUAAAUUCAUUGCUUGUGCUCAACCUUUAGGUCUGAACUGCUGAAGUUUCUAAAACAAAAACUAAAGCUGGAGCCCGUGUGAGAUCUUUGCCAUUAAUGUUUAUUUUUAAUGUUUUGCUUUGCUUCAUUGAAAUAAAUAGUUUCUUUUGUUUAAUUAAGAAAAAUCUAAUGCUUAAAUUUGGAGUCACAGUGAUGGGGUUGAUUUUUUUCAGUCUAAACAGAAUGAUAAAAUUAUUUCCGGCUAAAUAUGCCUUCUGUACAUAUGUUUUCAUGUAAAUAAUUAAUUAUUAUAUUCAGAUAUCUAUUUUAAAUGUUUGCUCAAUUCAGAGAUGUCUGUUUGUACAUGUUGAAUCAAAAGGCACAU